AUGGGCAAGAAGAGCACAAAGGCCGUCGCGGCCAAUAACGAUGUCGCAUCCGCCCCUCCACCAAGCCAGCUCAUGGACUUGGUAGAGAAUUUCCUCUCUGAUCACUCAUUCAAGAGCGCUGCCGAUGCGUUCAAGAAGCAGCGUGAGAAGAAGGGUUGGCAAACGACUGCCGCGACCGACGAACAAGCCAACCCUUCCCUUGUUGGUGUCUUCCAGACAUGGGAGGCUACCAAGGGCGUGGAUAGCGGCAAGCCUAAGAAGAAGUCCUCCAAGAAGUCAAGCGAAAACAAGGAAGAAGAUGUCGACAUGAAGGAUGCCGUGUCUUCUUCUGAGAGCUCCGACAGCGACAGCGAGGAGGAAGCUGCCAAGCCUACACCUUCCAACAAUCUCAAACGCAAAGCCCCCGUCGAAUCCUCCUCUGAGUCGUCCUCUGACUCCGACUCCAACUCUGACUCGAGUUCCUCUGAUUCCGAUUCUGACUCGGACAAGAAGCCACAGGCCAAGAAGCGGAAGCGCGCCUCAUCCUCAAGCUCCAGCUCCUCUGGGUCCAGCGAUUCUAGCGACUCCAGCAGCGACUCCAGCAGCGACUCCAGCAGCGACUCCGAUGACGAGAGUGCAGAGUCGGAUUCUGAUUCUGAUAGCUCCGACUCUAGCUCCGACUCUAGCUCUGAUUCUGACUCUGAUUUUGACUCUGAUUCCGACUCUGAUUCCGACUCUGACUCUAGCAGUUCAAGUGGUUCCGAGGGCAAGGCUGCCGCCAAGGUGCCACUCCCAGACUCUGAUGGCUCAUCUUCAGACUCCGACUCUUCCGACUCUUCCGACUGCGACUCCGACUCCGACUCCGAUUCUGACAAGAAUAAGAAGAAGAAGGUCAAGAAGGAAACAAAGGAUUCCUCCGAUUCCUCCGUCACCCUAGACAAGACCUCGCCCGAGUUUCAAUCAAACUUGGCAAACCCGCCUCUACCUCCUGACCCCAUUAUGAACGGCAACGGGAAAAAGAAGCAGAACGAGCCUUUCUCUCGUAUCCCCAAGGACAUCAAGGUUGACCCCAAAUUCGCCUCGAACGAAUACGUAUCCAUCGCUUACUCUCAGCGAGCGCACGAGGACCUGAUUGUUACGAAGGGCAAGGGCUUCACCAAGGAGAAGAAUAAGAAGAAGAGGGGCAGCUAUCGCGGCGGUGCCAUUGAUAUCUCGGACAAGAAGGGUAUCUACUUUGAUGACUAA